AUGGACAUCAAUGGUGACGUCGUCAUGGGAGCCCAGGGUGUGCUCAUGCCGCCUUCUCCCAGCUUUCUGAACGGGGUAUUCGAGCAGGAACAGGCUGCUCCUACAUUGCCAGGUCUUACGAUCGGCAAGGCUAAGUUGCGCGUCGUGUCCCAAGACCGCACCAGUGCAGGUGUCAAGAAGUCAAAGACCAAGUCCAAGGCCACCGUCGGCAAGCUGGUUGAUUCCAAUGCGGGUGCAGCAGCGGCUUUGAUCCAGCAGGCAGUGCAGACGUCAUUCCGGUUCAUGGAGCUACCUGGCGUCGAUUCCGACGUGAAGGACCGAGAGUUGGGCUACCAGCUGUCGCUAUCGUUGUCAACCGACAAGUCUCGUCGCGCAAACAAGGACACGAAGAGCGCCAAGAAGCGCGAGACCAACCGUCCCUUCUGGGGUCUUACUCAGGUUUCGCACCAGGUUCGUCAAGAGUUCCGCCCAAUUUACCUGCAGAAACAGGAAAUUGGCAUGGAUCUCACUGAGAUCGUCAAGUACCUUCAGACCUUCUACUUCGAUGCGCCUGAGGAGUUCACCAAGCUCGACACACGGGGCAAGCGCGCCUUGGACAUGCCCUUCAACGGCAAUCUGACCAUUGCGGUCGGGGAGAAGCCGGGUGAGCUUGAGAAGCACAAGGACGGAGUUGAGGUGAUCCCCCUGCUGGACCUCUGGGCGAACAGCUUUAAGAUCGAGGCUGGUUUCGGUCGCUACCUCAAGAACGAUUACGUCCCGCAGACUGAUGGGGAGGCUAAGGACCUGUACCGUCUCUUUGGCCGCCGUGUCCUCAAGAACCGCCAGUGUUCCGGCAUGAACCACUCGUGGCGCACCAUCCUCCGCUCUCGAGCUCUGGCUUCAGUCACUUUACACCGCAAGCCCGCUCCCAUCACCGUCGACACCGUCACCCUACCUCUUUCGGCCCUUCCGACUGCUCUGCUUAUCGCUCAGCGCCCGCUCCCGACCCGCAUCACCAUCGACCCCAAGCCUUUCAUCCACAUGCAGUUCCGCCCCGAGUGCGCUGAGUCCUGGAUGACACAGCCGGUCUCCACUCUUCCACCUGACUGGCUUCACCUUUGUGGCUUUGGCGGCAUGGAGCACUUUGACGUCAAGGUUGGUGUUGCGCCUCGUGACGUUGACAACCGCCUUUGA